UUUCCAGACUACCCUGCCGACCAAUGAGAUAGAGCCAAGAAUGUCCCAGUUGGAGACAUUAGAAGCAAAGAUGGCAAGUAUAGAAGUGUCUCUGUCGAGUACACCAAGACGAAAAAAGAACGGUAGCAUCGCAGGAAUCAGUCUAACUUCGGCAAUACGUCCCGUACCGAAAGAAUUGGAUAUGAAAGAACUGGAAAGCCUCAGAAAUGCACUCAGAGAUAAGGAAAAUAUAAUACAAAGUCUGAAGGGGCAACUGACCGUUCCAGGACUCAGACAUGGUGCUAUACGAAUUUGCAAUAACAAUAACAACUUCAGGGAGCUCACAGAACUCGAGAAAAAACAAGCCGAAGAUAGGUUAAAUAGGUUAAAAAAUGAUAUUGAUAACAAAAGACUGACGAUCAAGAAUCUGAAGAUGGUACUGGAAAGGCUUGAUAUCACAGAUAAUAUCGAUACACGAAUCCAGCAAGCGGAGUUGGAAUAUCAAUUGGGGAGAGAAGAACUCAAUCUUCUAACUCUUUUAGAAGAAACUAGAGCUCUUCAGAUUUGUAUAGAAGAAUCCAACAAAGUAUCCUGCGAACUUCAUACUUUAUACAGUUGGGCAGAAGGAGAAGACUAUGUGUUACUUCAAGCCAUUGAAAUAGACUACGACCCAAAGUGCCCAAAAUUUGGGGCGGGACCGAAAGAUUCUUUAUCUGGUCUCUUUGUAGAAUGGGCUUUAGAAGAAUCACAGCUACGAAAAGGUGAUAGGUUGAUUGAAAUAAACGGAAAAAUAGUCUUGAACAAAACUCGCGAUGACCUCAACAGACUUUUAGCGGCUGCUCCAGAUCCUGCGCAAAUUGUAGUUUCAAGAAAAAUUCCUUUAAACGAAGCUUCUGCAAUUUUUAAUGAAACUUCGGAAGACAUGAACGCGCUUCUGGCGAAAGUGAAAAUUAUCAAAGAGAGGGAUGAAGAAUCUCAGCGAGUAAAGGAGGAACUCCGAUCAGAUAACAUUAGAUUGACUCACAGAAUAUCCUAUCUCGAAGAACAGGUCUCAGAAUUACUAAACCGUAAACCAAUGGAGUCAGACCCAAGAAUACACUCCCCUACUCCAGUGAUCUUGAAGUCCAACCAAAAUGUCACCAACAUAAACAUAAGAACACACUCUCCUUCUAAUUCAUCCAGUCCAAUUUCUGAUGUUCGUGCAUGUCAAAAAAACAAUCUGGCGAAAGCAGUUAAUGGUUUGGAACCCAAAGAACUAGUUGCUUAUCCAAUAAGAUCAAGAAGUAGUUUAUCAAAUGUGUCAAAUACUCAUAUAUCGUCUGUCAAAGGAGAAGUUAUUUGUCAGAAAGGACACCACGAUAGAUACAAGCAUAUCAGUUCCAAAAGUGUAGUAAAGCUUCCUCUCAGCAAUACACAGUUGAAUGAUAAAAUAACGUAUAGAACACAUAAUCAUCAUCAUCAUCAUCAUUACAGAGAGAAAGACUACAACUCCGAAAGCAAUUCCGGUGUUGAACAAUUCAAAAGAUUGAAUAAACUAAACUACGACUGUCACAGGAAUCCCGCAGAUUUCACGAAACCAAAUUCUAAAAAAGAAUAUUCCAAUGAUAUAAUGGAUCAAAGUUUUAAAAAAGCUACAAAAAUUGUUCAUGAGCUUACGAGAAGUAGGGAUACAACGUUGUAUGAAAAACAUCGCCAAAAAUGUAUAACUGCUUCUGAGAAAUAUAACGCAGAUGUUUUGAGGCAUUACAAUGCUAGAAAGUCCACGUCAGUAUUAGAUUUUCGAUCGGAGGUUCACAUUGGACCCAAGUACGAAUCAAAGAGUGCUGAAGAUUUGGACACAUCAGAAUUUGUUAGAGAUAACGUGAAACUGUAUAAGAGGAUUCCAGAUUCUAGAAGCGUCAAAUCCUUAGAUUUCGAUAGUGAUUGCAAUUCCACUACAACUACCAAUAACCAUCGAACUGACUAUACUUCAGAGCCUACAAGUGACUCAAGAAUUCUUUAUCAUCCUAGUGUUCAUGAUAUGAAACCAAGACCCAUUCCUCCUAAAAAACCAUUGAGGUUAUCUCUCCAUAAGACACGGAGCCUACACUCUGUGGGUAAUGGAGAUGACAUUUCCAGAAGAACUGAAAGAAAGAGAAACUAUAAAGGUGAAAAACCUGCCAUUGUUUCGAAAAAUUAUGAUCAAAAUGUUGAUAAUACUGGCUAUAGAGAGCAACAACUCAAGUGGAAUUUCAGGAAAAGUUUGGAAAAUGGUAGCUGGUGUUAAGAAAUAAGUGAUCACAAAUCAUAAUUCUUGAUAUGCAAUCAUUACAGUAAUUUUUUCUAUAAAUAUUAUGACUGAAUGUUAAAUAUAUAUUACAUAAUGGGAAA